GCCCCCGCCCCGCUCUGGAUGCCCAUCGCGGCUGCUCGGGCCGGGGGGUGGCUGCGGCUCCCCGGCGCGGGGCGCGGGCCAGGAUGCCGGUGCUGGAGCGCUUCUUCCCCGCGGCAGAGCCGGGCAGGCGGAGGAGGACGGGGGAAGAGCCGAUGCCCUUUCCCGUGGGCAGCCUGCCCGGUUAUCAGCAGGGAACCCUGGCCUGGGAUUUGCCCGAGAUGAUCAAGAUGGUAAAGCUCGUUUGGAAAUCCAAGGGAGAGCUCCGCGGGGCGAAGCACAGAGGGGUUCUGGAGAGCGAGGACGCCCUGGGCAGUUCGUCAGGAGAUGCACGGGUGAGAGGUCAGACAGGGGUUCUCUCCGAGCGCCGUGGCUCCUACCCAUUUAUAGACUUCCGUCUUCUUAACAAUACUACACUCUCAGGGGAAAUCGGCACCAAGAAAAAAGUGAAAAGACUGUUAAGUUUCCAGAGGUAUUUCCAUGCAUCCAGGUUACUGCGAGGAAUUGUACCACAAGCCUCUCUGUACCUACUGGAUGAGGACUACCUUGGGCAAGCAAGGCAUAUGCUAUCCAAAGUGGGAAUGUGGGAUUUUGACAUUUUCUUGUUUGACCGCUUGACAAAUGGAAACAGUCUCGUAACACUGCUUUGUCACCUCUUCAAUGUGCAUGGACUUAUUCACCAUUUCCAGUUAGACAUGGUUACAUUACACAGGUUUUUAGUUAUGGUUCAAGAAGAUUACCAUAGCCAAAACCCAUACCACAAUGCUGUCCAUGCUGCUGAUGUCACACAAGCUAUGCACUGCUAUCUGAGAGAGCCCAAGCUUGCCAACUUCCUCACCCCGUCGGACAUCAUGCUGGGACUGCUAGCUGCUGCGGCCCAUGACGUGGAUCACCCAGGGGUCAACCAACCCUUUUUGAUUAAAACGAAACACCACCUUGCCAGCCUGUACCAGAACAUUUCAGUGCUGGAAAACCAUCACUGGCGAUCUACGAUAGGCAUGCUGCGAGAGUCACGGCUCCUCGCCCAUCUGCCCAAGGAGGUGACACAGGACAUCGAGCAGCAGUUGGGAUCCCUGAUCUUGGCAACAGACAUCAACAGGCAGAAUGAGUUUUUGAUCCGUCUGAAAUCUCACCUUGACAAUCAGGAUUUGAGGCUGGAGGAUGCACAAGACAGACAUUUUAUGCUUCAGAUUGCACUCAAGUGUGCUGACAUUUGCAACCCUUGCCGGCUCUGGGAUCUGAGCAAACAGUGGAGUGAACGGGUCUGCGAAGAGUUUUACCGGCAAGGUGAUCUAGAACAAAAAUUUGAACUGGAAAUAAGCCCCCUUUGUAAUCAGCAGAAGGAUACAAUACCAAGCAUACAGAUUGGGUUCAUGACAUACAUCGUUGAGCCACUCUUUGAGAGGUGGGCCCAGUUUACAGGCGAUACUCCCCUAUCUGAAAAUAUGCUAAACCAUCUCAGGAGGAACAAGGCCAAGUGGAGAAGCUUGCUCCACAAGCAACACAGCAGUAGUAGGAGCAAUGACCACUCAGGUCAAGUGACUGGCAGCCAGGAACAGACUUUAAAUGAAGAAGAGACUCCUUAGUGGCAGCUUUGCACUUUUCCUUAUAGCACUGCUAUCUCCGUUUUGGUCACAGCAGCAAGUAAGAUCCCAAGUAGCCAGGAGCCUGUUGUUGAAACCGUGCGAAGGGAAGAAAUGGCAAAGCAGAAGCUGUAAGGGUCCUCACCAACAAGCCCGAGGUUCUGCUGGUUUCUUUCUGAUCCUCACGUUCCGUUCCUCUCCCCUCUCUUCGUCCUGCGCAUGCCUGAUGUCAUCCAUCACUCCUGACCACGAACUGUCCGAAUGCGGAGUCCCAGUCAGUAGUAGUUACGGCUGCCGUGAAGUAGGGAGGAUUCCUGAGAGAGAAGGGGAGACAGAGAGGUACUCUUGGUUAUAUAUUCAUUUACCACAAGUCAUACUGUGACAUAUGUAUAUAGGCCCAGAGCACCACACAUGUUCCAGGCUGGCAGCUGGGCUGCACAUUAAACCACCAGCAUCUUCAGCAUCCAGAGGACACAGGCUGACAGAUGGUGCUCACAGAGGGCAGAGAGAGUCUGGUUGUUUUAGUAAUUAAAACAAAAACCUUUUUAACUUUUGUAUUCUGUGCACUAAACAACAGAUCUAAAAACCUUGGACUGAAGUUACUCUCUGUAUACAUGCCUCCAGUGUAACAAGGCUCAUUUUGGUAAUCAUUUUUAUGCCACUUUGGAUAAAAGACGGGCAUCUUCUCAUUGCAAGGAACAGUAUUCCCUCACAACCAAAAGGGAAGGUGUAGUACAGUCUAAACCUUUGAAACAUGAACAGAUCUAUCUUUUGAGUACUGUUUCAAGUAACCUGUUUAUAUUCAUAUGUGUACAUUUUCUGUAAAUACAAAGCGCUACUGAUUCCCAUGCCAAAAUACUGGAGUACUGUGGGAUUGCUACCUGUAAAAACAUUGGCACUGUGAACAGAAUACUGUUAGUUUUAAUACAAGAGAAAGCAUUUGUAAAUAUGGUAUAGAGUUUAUUAAUAUACACCAUUGUUUGUGGAUAAAAGCCUUAACUUUUAGCAUCCUUCAUAGCUGCCAAAAUCAUAUGAUUACAAGAUACGAUUCUGAACUGCCUUUCCACUAUCCAAGGUGUAUCAAAGGUCAUUAAGGAAUGAAGUCUGGCAGGAUAACUUCUUGAAAACUUCAAACACAUUCCAUAUGGGUCCAUGUUGUUAAUCCAUGGCACCUUGCACAUUUGGUCUAGGCAAAUGUUUCACAGAGCCUGAAGUUCAAAAAAACCCGAGCCUCACAGCAACACCACAUGAUUUGACAGUUCAACCUGAUUACCAUUUAUUCAAGCGUGUGAAUUUUUACUAAAUAGCUUAGUGGUCUACAAAGCACGACAUUCAGUAGUUCUGGAGUCCAGUUGUUUUCUCAAGAGAUGUUGCAGUGUAGCUGAUUUUUCCCCCCAUUCCCUUCUUAGAUAGCCAGUGUCAAAAUGCAUUUGUAUUUUUCUUGUAAUUUAAAUAAUACUUCAACUGACUUUUAGAUUGGUCUCAUCAAUGAAGGAAAAAAAUCUGUUGCAGUCAGACUAUUAAGAAAAAUCUCUUAACUGUCAUAGUAGCUGAGGAAUUUUCUAUGAUCUUGUGUUUGUGAAAGAUACAUGGCCUUAACUAUGCCAUAAACAACCUCAGUUUGGAAAGUCUUUAUAAAACUUAAGCUUCCAUCAUUUCAAUGAGAUUGUAUUCUCAAGUGGUAGUCCCCUUCUCCUCUGCCCCCAGUAAAAAUAACUGCACUCAGGUGAAGUAUAGUGUUGUAAACCUCCAGUACAUCAAAUCUGGAUAGCUGUUUUCCAAAAGAACUAGCAGAUAUGGCCAUAUAAUUAUGUUUGGAUGUGAAUACCUUGAAGAGGUCAACAAAGAAAGAGCUAUUUAAGUCGGUGUUUGAGAAAGAUAUUUACUCAUAAAAGUGCAAGGGGAGAUAUAAUAGAUUUUUCUCAAUUACAGGGGAUAUUGAUAAGAGAAAGUUCAUGCUCAGAAGGUGACUAAUAUGUUUAAAGGAAAAUAAAAAGCAUAAGUUUUAGUAAAGUAUGUUUUACUCUAAUUCUUUGUGUGUAUCUUAAGAGAAAGAAGCUGAAACCCAGUGAAGUAGGAGGGUGGAAAACACUGUGAGAACAAAAAGCACUCCAAGAAUGAUGUUUUUCUUCCCCCUCUACUGUUACAUAAGGUAUAACCAGUAGAAAAUCUCUUUCUUCCUCCCACUUCUAGAUGAGACUCACAUAUUAGAAGGACCACAGCAAGCAGAGAGAGAGAGAGAGAGAGAGAGAGAGAGAGAGUUGUAAUAUAAUUAAAUUGUUUCUAACUACAGGAUGUAAUUUCUUCUUAACCACCUGAUGGUAGGGGCAGAAGCAUCGCCAUUUUGCAGCUUUUUAGGUGUAUCUUUCCUUCUGACAGAUUUAGGACAAUUAUUAGGACAUUACACAAGCAGUGUAAUGUGCUGCUUAGAAGCACUUAAGUACAUACAAAAGGAUAUAAUUUCCCUUGUUUUGUCUUUUUACUAAGAAAUGAAAGCCCUUUUCCUUCUAGUUCAAAGAAAUUUUUUACAAUGUUCUGAAAUUUAGUUAAACAAACACAGUGUCUAGCAGCAUAAAAAGCUCUUGACAGAGACAUUGUUGAGCUGUUUCUGAAGAGCUUCCAGAAAAUAGGUCCAGCAGGUACAAAUGAAAUUUUGUUACAGCUACAUUAAACUCAAGCCUUUUUCUACAAGUGGAGCCUACAGUCCAUUACAAGUUUGCUCUUACCAAGCUAAAACUUUUCAACUUUAAAAAGCUGCUCUGAAAAUUGUGGGGGAUUUUGGCACACUGAUUUGCUAGAUUUCAUACCUGCUAGAUUUCAGUCACCUUGUCUAAUGACAUAGUGCUUGAAAUAGGUUCAGGGUGGCUCCAGCAAUGCUUCUGUACUUGUGAGCCAAACCUAUUACACAAAUUUGGGUCUGGCCAGUUUGCCUCAGGUGUUCCAGACAGAGGUGUGCUGAAAAGUUGGGCUCUGGCAGCAGAUUCCUGGCAGCCAAAUUCACUGGGGUCUGUGAUGCAAAGUGCUACCUUCUGAUUUCCCUUAGAAGCCAAACAAUGACCGAUAACAGCCAAUCCAACAACACCAGUGUUCAGUAUAUGUGGUUGUGAUACACACUUGGUAUUCUGUAGUUUGGAGGGCAUUUCUGCACCAGGUUUUCUCCCCAGGAUGCCAACAGAAUGCUGAUGCACAGAAUAUAAAAAACUAUGCAGAUAAUACAGAUUUCUGUGUUUUCAGCCCCAUUAGCCACUUUACAGAAAGCCUUUGUACAGUGUUUUUCCUUCUUACUGGGCCAGUGCAGGUAAAAGAUUUUGAAGUUUUUUUAAAACUGAGUUAAGGUUUCCAUAUAUGGAAAGAAAAAGAAAACUACUAAAAGCAAGAGGUCAAAAUGUUUUUAUGGCUCACAACUGCAAUUCAUUUGAUUAAAAUCUAGCUUCUUUAAAUGAAGAUUUCAUAUCAUCAAAGAAGAAAUUUUGUAUAAUUAAGAACAAUAAUAAGUGAUGAUAAAUGAUAAGUGAAAAUUUUAGGCUGGUUAAAAUAAUGCAUACAUAUGCAUUGUCAAUAAGUCAAGAUUUUACUUACCUUUGGGUUUUUAAGUGUCAAUAGUCCAGCCACCAGCCAAAAGGACUAUUAAAAACAUGUAUCUUUGGAAUAAAGGAACAAAGAGAGGAGUAGCUGAAAUGGAGUCUAUGGAGGAAAAAGAAAAAAAUAAAACACAUGAUCUGCCAUUGUAUCUAACCUAAUCUACAACACAGGUCAAUUAUUUUUGUAUGAACUUGUGAUUUUCAUGAAGAAAACCAAGACCUCCCCAAUGAUUAGUAGCAGUGAAAGCUGUUACCACAGUAAAUAAGAUAUGCCCACUGCAUAGCUAUCUUACCAGCUUUUCCAGUCUGUGGUUGAAAUUUCUGUUAAAUGUUUCUGUCAAAUUAGACACAAAAUGCACACCAGCCCUUCCGAAUGGAUUCUUCUAAGAAAGGAGAAACACUCAAGUAGUUACAAUUUUAUUUUCAGGUACCAGCCAGGGUACCAGCCAUAAUUUAUAGCCUGAUAUUUUAAGUCACUCAGCUGAGUUGUCCAUAAAAUAUGCCCAUUCUUCUCCUCAUACCACCAUCCCCCACUCAUGGCCCACAAAAAUCAAUAAUUAAAUUUGAAUGAAGAUCCUGCAAAUCCAAAAAAAGCCACCCCAAACAGAAACAAAACAAAACCACAAGGCAAGUUUCAUGCCAUGAAUAUGUAUUCAAAUUACUUUGAUUGGUGCAAACUGUUACUCUAUUAUUUGUUUCUAUAAUCCAUCCAAUAUUUUAGGUACAUAAACUUUUAAGUGCAGAGCAUAAGUUUGACUUGGAUGUAAAAUAUAUUCUGCUUAUCUUUGAAUUCAAGAUUGUAUAUGUCAUGUUUAUUGUAAAGCAUUUUAUAUAUACAUAUUUGCAUAUCUUAGACAACUCUUUGGGCCAAAAACUGGUCCCCUCAACUUCACUGGGACCAAGAAUCAGCCCCCGUAUGUGCGUAUAUAUGCCAUAUGCAUCAUUCUGAAAGGAAGCACUAGAUUGUGUGAAAAUGCUGUGACUGCUAUGCAGUGAUGCCAAGAGACUUAACUGUAUCUUUUUUAACAUACUGCUGUAAGUAUUCAUCAUGUCAAAGAAUGACAACUAAUAAAAAAAAAGAAGUGUCUCAA